UCCGUCGCCACUGUCCUCGUCGUCCUUCACCAUGCUUACUACCCGCGGCGUCACCCGCGUCUCGAGGAGAGCGCUCAACGGUGCUAAGAGCACCAGCAGGCUCAUUAACACUGCUUCCGUUCUCUCCCGCGCAUCUCUGCCCAACCCCGCGUCAAAACAGCAGGCGGCUCGCCCUUCGCGUCUCUCCUCUGCUCAGCCCGCGCGCUCGUAUGCCACGGAGGCCAAGGCCACUAUUGGUACCGUGAAAACGGUCAUCGGUGCCGUCGUCGACGUUCAGUUUGACACUGAAAACCUCCCUCCCAUCCUCAACGCCCUCGAGGUCCAGGAUUUCCACGGUGGUCGUCUUGUCCUCGAGGUGGCCUCUCACCUUGGCGAGAACUCGGUCCGUACCAUUGCUAUGGACGGUACCGAGGGUCUUGUUCGUGGCCAGAAGGUCGUCGACACUGGUGCCCCCAUCCAGAUUCCCGUCGGCGCUGCCACCCUCGGCCGUAUCAUGAACGUCAUUGGUGAGCCUAUUGACGAGCGCGGACCCAUCAAAGGUGUCAAGCUGUCGCCCAUCCACGCCGACCCUCCUCCGUUCGUUGAUCAGUCCACAACUGCUGAGGUUCUCGAGACCGGUAUCAAGGUCGUCGACCUGCUCGCCCCCUACGCUCGUGGUGGCAAGAUUGGUCUCUUCGGUGGUGCCGGUGUCGGCAAGACUGUGUUGAUUCAGGAGCUUAUUAACAACGUUGCCAAGGCCCAUGGUGGUUUCUCCAUCUUUUGCGGUGUCGGUGAGCGUACCCGUGAGGGCAACGACUUGUACCACGAAAUGAUUGAGACCGGUGUCAUCAACCUUGAGGGUGACUCCAAGGUCGCUCUCGUUUUCGGUCAAAUGAAUGAGCCUCCCGGUGCCCGUGCCCGUGUUGCAUUGACCGGUCUCACGAUCGCUGAGUACUUCCGUGACGAGGAGGGCCAGGACGUGCUUCUGUUCAUUGACAACAUUUUCCGCUUCACGCAAGCCGGUUCCGAGGUAUCUGCCCUUCUCGGUCGUAUCCCCUCUGCCGUCGGUUACCAGCCCACGCUCUCGACAGAUAUGGGUGGCAUGCAGGAGCGUAUCACCACCACCAAGAAGGGUUCCAUCACUUCCGUGCAGGCUGUCUACGUCCCUGCCGAUGAUUUGACUGACCCUGCUCCCGCCACCACCUUCGCUCAUUUGGACGCCACCACUGUGUUGUCCCGUAGCAUUGCCGAGCUUGGUAUCUACCCUGCUGUUGACCCCCUCGACUCGAAGUCGCGUAUGCUUGACCCCCGUAUCGUCGGUCAGGAGCACUACGACGUCGCCACUGCUGUCCAGAAGAUCCUCCAGGAUUACAAGUCGCUCCAGGAUAUCAUUGCCAUUCUUGGUAUGGACGAGUUGUCGGAAGAGGACAAGCUGACUGUCGAGCGUGCUCGUAAGAUCCAGCGUUUCAUGUCACAGCCCUUCCAGGUCGCCCAGGUCUUCACGGGUUACGAGGGCAAGCUUGUCCCUCUCAAGGAUACCGUUCGCUCCUUCAAGGAGAUCCUGUCUGGCGCCCACGACACUCUCCCUGAGUCUGCCUUCUACAUGGCUGGUACCAUUGAGGAUGUCAAGGCCAAGGCCGAGCAGCUCGCCAAGGAGAUGGGUGGCAACUGAUUGCAUUGCUGACGGGGGAUUACCUUUUCAUUCGUUAAUUAUCUCUUAUUGCACCCUACCGUAGAGCAUAGACAACAAAAUACUAGCUGCGGUAGCCCGUAUGCAAAAACUCCUAACACUGG